CCACCAUUGAAAGAACAUCGACCUAAUAUCCCACUCGGGAAAUCCUCACCAAUAAAGGUGCCUCGUCGAUGUAGGAUCCAUCUUCGUCACCGACUAUAGACACCGGUUGAAGACCCCUUCAUGCCGGCCAUCCGAUCACUGGUUGCUGACCACCACCAUCAUCUUCAUCGCCAACGACCACACAACCUUAAACAAAAGAAUAUGUUGUUUUUGAAUCAUUUGAACGCCUUCCACCAGGGACUGAAGCGGGGAGGGUUGAUUCGAAUGCUCGUUACCUUCAAUUCGUUCUUUAAAAAGAAUUUAAUUACCAAUGCCUUUUCGGUGAUCAGAUAUUCUGAUAUCCGUGAACCACGAGGAAUCUAUACCUACAGAUAUUCAACAUCAUUACUAGAUAUCUCGAAAUCAAAUGUACAUACGAUCUCUCUCUUGGCUUGUUUAGGUGUACAUCGACUUGAAUAUUCCAGCCUCCAAAAUGAAUCUUAGAAUAAUGGAGAGAGAGCUUCAAAGCCCUAGAUUAGGUUCAAAUUCCCGAGCUCGGAAUCGGAGAAAAUCAACUAAGGAUUUUCCAGAUAUAAUUAAGGUAAAUGGAAGUGAUUUGCUUGUGAAUGAUUAAAACAAAUACAUAUCAAUGUGGAUCCGAACAUAUUCUCCGGCCUGGAUGCUUGUGGGCUUCAUAUUGGUUGUGUAUUUAGGUCAUUUUUAUCUCUGGGGUAUGAUUGUUGUAAUCCAAAUCUUAAUGGCAAGUGAGCUCUUCAAUUUACUUAGAAGAGCUCAUGAAGAUAGACGUAUUCCAGGCUUCAGACUUCUCAAUUGGUAUUUCUUUUUCACUACAAUGUUGUUCAUGUAUGGUCGCAUUCUCAACCAACAGAUAAUGCAUGCUGUAACUCCUGAAAAAUUGUUCAACAAGCUUGUCAUAGAUAUAGAUGAGAAUUCAAAGUACAAUGAUUUCGAGAUGGAGUACGCAACAUCGAUCGGUAAUGCAAUUACGCUUGUAAACUUCUAUUGGUGCGUAUUAAAAGCCCAUGCUGCCAUGCAAAAAAAAAAAAGGAAAAGUGAACGAAACUUGCGAGAAACGUUUCUGGGAUUGCCGAUGCUUGCCGGAAACGUUUCUGGGAUUGCCGAUGAGCAAAAGGACCGAACCGGCCGGAACCGGGAACCGGCUUCGGCCAAAAUCAAGAAUCGAACCGGCCCGGCGGUUCUACCGGUUUCCCGGUUCCUACCGGUUCUUGUCGUGUCUUUAAAUAUUGGAACCGAUCCUUGA